GUCAGAGAAAUGCUGUGAGGAUCAGUGUGUGAAAUAAAAGGUAUUUUAAAUACAAGUGCUCAAUCGUGUAAGCAGAACUGGAUGCAGGUCUUACUGUUUAUGACAGGGUUGAUCAAAUUUAGGUAGUGAGUUUCAAUAAGCAUUUGCUUUCUCGAUCUGUCUUCAAACACUUGGCUAACUACGUGAGCUCAUGUUAGCUCGGUAGUAUCAACACUCACCCAGGCUGAAGCUGGGGAGCAGCAGCAGCGGAGCCUCUGAGCCGACCAUCAUUUCCGACAGCUCCGUAUGGAUUUGACGUCGGAAUAUAUUGGUGCUUGAUCUUCCAAGAAAGAGCCGACUACAGCUUAUUUCAAGGAUGGGGGGGCCUUGUGACCUUAAGCACUUUGCAAAGUGUAGCAUCACUAUGGAAGGCUCUGUUCUCUGAUUUGGAUUAUUAUCGGCCAUCAGCAUCUUCAGGCCUAACAAUCCUGGACGAGUUUCUCAAUGGACACUCUGCUGAAGUCCGAGAUCAGAGAGGAGGGGAGUGGUGCCUCAGUAAAGGUUGAGGGCCUAUCCAAGGCAGCUCUAAUCAAAAGCCUGUCUCCUAGAGUCAUGCUAUCCAACCAUCUCCUGCCUAAAGGGACCAAGAUGAAGGUCAACCUGGAAGAUCAGGGUCGUCAGAAAGUGUCCUUCAGCUUCGCACAGACCAAGAAGCCUCUGCAGAGCCUGUUCUUCACCCCCCACAGCACUGACAAGUCUGCUGCUGACCCUCAUACUGCCUUGUCCCAGUCGACCUCAGACAGAGGAGGGCAGAGCAAAGCUGAGCAAAAGCAGACAUCCGUGGUGCCAACAUCAACAGCAGAGACACUUUCUAAAACGGCUACUAAACUGAAAACAGACUUAGCAAAGAUGCACUUCAAGAAGCAGAUUCUCAGUGUCUCUGUGACUGAAGAGAAACCAACCUCUGCUGUCCCAGAUGAGGUGACAUCUUCUGACUUGAAGGCUGUGCAGAAAUCAACAAGCAUAGGUGCGAGUGAAUUCCCAAAACCCCAACCUCAGAAUGCUGUUGGUGUCUGUCCCUCAGACAAAGCUAAAACUGAAACCUCUGAGACAAGAGGAACAUCGAGCCUCAAGAAGCUAGUGGCAUCCUCAGGAAAAGAUGGAGAUAGUUCGAGCAGUGCUGAGCAGGACAGUAAGGUAUACAAAAGGAAAACCAGGUCCCAGUCUGAUAGCGUGCCCCCUGGCUCAGAAUCAGACGGAGAUUCAGUCCAGUUGUCUUCCAGUCGCAGAUCAGUUGACUCCAAAAGUAAAACAAACAGUGAGAGUAGAAGCAGGGAGGUAAAAAAGUCUUCCUCUGGGUCCCAUGUGGAAGAAAAAGGCUCCUCGAAGCGUUCAGAGAAUCAUGAAAGGUCUUCAAGUUACUCAAGAUCAGACCGAGAUUCUAGACACACAUCAUUGCGUUCCUCAAGAUCAGACAAAGAUCGCAGAAGGUCCAGGUCGAGAUCACGGUCCAAAUCUAGAGGAUCCCGAACAAGUUCAUCUCAUUCCAGAUCAGACAGAUAUCGAGAUGACAGAGGAUCCCGCUCUGAUCGAUCAUACUAUCAUGAAUCUGAUCGGAGAUCACACAGGAGUUCUCCACGCAGAGACAGAAGACGCUCUCGUUCUAGAGACAGAGGUCGGGAUAGUUCGGACUCUGAGGAUGACCAUAGGAAGACAAGAACGAGGACAAGUGACUCAAGUCGAUCGUUGGCACAUGCUAGCUCAUAUAAAGAGUCAAAAUCAGCUUCCUAUUCUAAAUCUGAGAAAGCCUCGAAAUCCUCAGAUUCUCCUCAUUCCGCAGAGCUGGAUAAAAAAAUGCAAUCGUCAAAGUCUGAAAGAACUACAAAGCGACUGUCAGACUCCGAUUCUCAACGCAAGUGCUCCCCUGACCUGGACUCCAAUUACCGUAAAUCCAGCUCCCAUCACAAGUCUGACACCAACAGUAAAUUCUCUUCUUCCAGUAUGCAUAGCCACUCUCAAACACAUGAGAAACGCCAAAAAGGCAGCUCAAGUGACUCUGAAGCUGAUCAUAAAGGAAAAACACAGGCAUUUGACAAAAGCUUUGGCUCAGAGGAAAAGUGUACAAACUACCAAAAGAAAGCCAGCAGGUCAGACUCAAAGCAAAUAACUCCUUCUAGAUCAUCCAUGAAAUCCAGCGGAAAUGAAAGACAAUCAAGUGAACCUUUUCAAAGUCCUGACAAAGCACCAUCAAUUACAAACACACCAGAACCUUGUUUUCAGAGUGAAAAAUCAGAUUCCCUACAAAGUGGAAACAAACCUAGUAACCAGGAUUCUAAAGAGACAGUCUCAUGCACUGCUAAGAGUUUUCAAGAUUUAUCAUCUAAGAGAAAAGACUCAAAACCAAGUUGUGAAGUUGAGCCAGACAAUGCCUCCGCUAUACCCUUAAGUGAAAACCUGCAACCUGAAAAUAUCAGCCUGGAAAACUUGACCAAUGUGAAGGAAAGCCUUUCUUCUAACAACCAACCACAUGUGAAAACAUUUGCAGCUGUACUGAAUUCAUGUAGUAGUUAUGAAAGUGUAAUGUGUAGCCAGGACAAGAAAGUUGUCAACCAGUCACCACAGUCCUUAUCUGACACACAUGAUGUCCAGCCGAACACUAAAUCAGAACUUGAUGAGUGCAAAGCAGCUUUAACUGUCAUUGAGCAAUGUGGCACAAGUUUGCAAAGCAAUUCGGAUUCAUCAUGGCCUGAUUCUGAGAAUCAGCUGACACUCCAACAGCAAAACACAGAUGCUGUUAAAAAGAACAGCAGUAGUACCAAAAAGUCCCGAUGGGAUAUUGUUGGGCAGAACUCUUCAGAGAAUGAUCAUUUACAACGGACACUUUGUGUAGAAAGUAAGCCUAAUGUGAAAAAAGUGAUUUCUGUGAAAAAAAUAGAAAUUUCAAAAGACAACAGCCAACAAGACUCUGACGUUAAAGAUAUUAAUCUGCAAGAAUCUGAAACACAUUCCAAACUGGUGAGGCAGGCAGAGAUCUCUCAGCAGGAAGUCAACUCUGAGAGCACAUCAGUGACUGAUGAAUACAAAGACCAAAGUGAGCUUUCACAAGAAAGCACCAGCACUGACCACUGUGACUUAAAAAAGUUGGAUACACCACAAGCAAACACAGACAAGCCUCUGCACAUUGAUGAACUUUCACAGGUCCUCAAUGCUUCAAAGAGUUGGAAUGGCGACGGUCAUGAAGAAACGUCUAAGAUCAGUACUCACAAGAAAAAAAUGAGUAAGAGAACAUCACUGAAUCAGGAUGCAUUAGGAGGACAGAGCGAAAUCAGUGAUAGUGACAACUCAGAGUACGACUCUGAUUGCGACGAGGCUAUAAAACGAUUGCACUCUGUGGUGGUUGUGCCAAAGAAUUCUUCUCUAACAGUGGAUGAACAGGACACGGGAGCUUUGCCGUGCACUCCAGUAAACAGCUCAGAACUUCAGAAUACUGUUACUGUAGCUGAACUGAACAUCAGUGAAGUACCCAAACAAAGGCAAGAGAGUCCUCACACUGCAUUUGUUGAAACCAAUGUUCUUUUUGCUGGUGUGAACGAUUCAUCCAAAAGCAGCAUCUCUUGUCAGUCUCAGAGUAAUAUGAUUGAUAGCACCAGUCACUCAGAGGGUUCCAGCUCCACAAGUGUCCAGCCUUACAUGGCCAGCCAAAUCAGUGCCCGUGACAACACCACAAAUCUUGCCCAAAAUCUUGAUAAAUCUAGUCAAUAUGAGGAGGGGCACAAACAGCAUGAGGUUAUUUAUCGAGGUGAAAGGAUGUACUCCCAUUACCGGCAUGAUGAUUUCUCAAAAGCUGAUAAUAUCAAUGAUAGAAAUGGCUUUAGCCUGGGUUGGGAUUUUUCACAGUCAGAACAGCCCAGUAGUACAUACCAGCAGCCUGAUAGCAGUCAUGGGCCUCAGAUACCAAACACUAAACUUACAGAAAACUCUCACAUGAAGCAGGUGCACAUGCAAAGUAAUGCCUCCUGGAACCAAGAACCCACAAAUAUGCAUAUUAGCCGAAAACCCUACCUCCAUCCUCAUCAGGAUCCUGCAGGAGAAAUCCAUCCCGAUUCCCUAACCAAUGACCAUGAUGACUACAGCCAGGAUAAACUAUCUAAUCUCACAAAAACAUCAAUUGAAUGCAGUGGACAAAACACCCUAGGGUCAUCAAGUUUUGUCCAAGGCCAUGAAAUAAGCAGCAACAGCAGAGGAUCUGCAGUGCCUGACCCUCCAAGAGACGACUUUUUUAGACCUCACAGAGGCCGUGGCCCUCCUAAGAAAAGGCGUCCAGAAAUUGAGUCAGACUCAGACAACGAGGCAGAAGCUGGGCCUGCAGGCAAGAGGGAGCGUCAAGGAGAUACUGAAGUCACCAAGGAAAGUCCUGUCAAAUCAGAGGCACAGCGGCCAAUACUCACUCUGCAAGACUUCCAAGAUGCCAGUAAAUGGAAAGAGGCCUCCAAGUUUAAGAAGAUGCCCCCUUACUUUGACUUGAUUGAAGAGAACCUGUAUCUGACAGAGAGAAAGAAGAGCAAGUCUCAUCGAGAUAUAAAGAGAAUGCAAUGUGAGUGCCCGAUACUACCAAAAGAAGAGCGUGCUAGAGGAGCAUUAGCAUGUGGGGAGGACUGUUUAAACCGAUUGCUGAUGAUUGAGUGCUCCUCACGGUGCCUGAAUGGAGCCUACUGCUCAAAUCGGCGCUUUCAGAUGAAGCAGCAUGCAGAUUUUGAUGUCAUCCUCACAGAGGACAAGGGCUGGGGACUGAGGGCAGCUAAAGACCUGGUCGCAAACACUUUUGUACUGGAGUACUGCGGGGAGGUAUUGGACCACAAGGAGUUUAAAAUAAGGGUGAAAGAAUAUGCUCGUAAUAAAAACAUCCACUACUACUUCAUGUCUCUAAAAAACAAUGAGAUCAUUGAUGCAACACUGAAGGGUAAUUGCUCUCGGUUCAUGAACCACAGCUGUGAGCCCAACUGUGAGACCCAAAAGUGGACUGUCAAUGGCCAGCUUAGAGUUGGUUUCUUCACCACCAAGGCUGUCACUGCAGGAACUGAGCUGACUUUUGAUUACCAGUUCCAGAGAUACGGCAAAGAAGCACAGAAAUGCUUCUGUGGGGCACCCAGCUGCAGAGGCUUCUUGGGUGGGGAGAACAGAGUCAGCGUUCGGGCAGCUGGAGGGAAGAUGAAGAAAGACCGCAGUCGAAAGAGCACUCUCACCACAGUUGAUGAGGAGCUGGAGGCAUUACUGGAGAAUGGUGAAGGCCUGUAUGAUGAGAAACAGGUGGUGUCUCUCUGCAGAUUGAUGGUCCGAGUGGAAACUACAGAGCAGAAACUCACCUGCCUCAAACUCAUACGAGAUACCCAAAAUCCAUCCUGCCUGAAGCAGUUCCUGGACCAUCAUGGCUUGUCUUUGCUGUGGAUCUUCAUGGUGGAGAUUUCUGAAGCUAAAGGGAACAGUGCCAAUAACAUCAAAAUACAGUUAGAGAUUAUGAAGACCUUGGCUGUGCUGCCUAUAUCUACUAAGAAUAUGCUGGAAGAGAGCAGAGUCCUGACCUUUAUCCAGCGUUGGGCCCAGACUAAAAGUCUCCCUCAGCCGGCAGAGAUGGAUGGUUACUCCAGUGAAAACACCUCCCGAGCUCAAACCCCCCUCAACACUCCUGAUGGAUCCUCUGCCAAACUUGGACCAGAAAUGGAAGGUGACUCCUCCAAACCGGCCGUGUUCCGCCGCCUUAAAAUCAUCAGUGAAAACAGUCUGGACAGUGCACUUUCUGAUGCUAGCAAAGCAUCUGAUGUGAAGGAGGAAGAUGAGGAGGACGAUGAUGAGGAAGAAGAUGAAUCCUCACGUGAUGGGAAACAGGUGAAGGCAGAGCCAAUAUGCGAGGUUGCAGAGCCAACAAAAGCAGCGGCUGAAGAGUCUGUGAAAGAGGAGAAACAGGAAGAGGCUUUGAUAAAUUCAAGCAGUCAACCUCAACCUCAAACUGAUGAGGCUGAAGAAAAAAUGGAGGUGGAUUUGGCAAAGGAAACUGAGAUGAAAGAGGAUACGAGUGAGGGUCAGUCAGAAGAACUUAAGGGGGAAAAAGAGCCAAGAGAUGAACAAGAAAGAGGGGAAGAAGAUACAAGCCAGACAGAAACAGAAAAGGCUGAAGUGGAAGGAGAACUCCCCCACGUUAAAGGUCAGGAAUCAGUGAGUGAAUCCAUCAAAACAGAUCAAACUGACCCUCUACCUGAGCAGCCCCCUGAGAAUAAAGAAGGCCAGGCAGACACACAAGAGGCUGAGAAUCCUCCCCCUCCUCCUCCUCCUCCUCCUCCUCCAGUCAGUGAGGUAAAACCUGGUGAAUCCAGCACUGAAGCUGCCCCAAUCUCUGAGACCACAGAAGGUAGCAUGACCUCUGAGGUCACGGUGCCCCCUUUGGACCCAUCAGUGAUAGGAACUCCCUCCCAAGAUGAAGAGGAGGGUGUGUCAGAUGUGGAGAGUGACAGGAGUCAAGAGACCCAACUCAGCGCUCUGGACAUCAGCGGUAUGGCUGCACGGCUCCUGGACAGCUGGAAGGAUCUGAAGGAGGUGUACAGAAUACCAAAGAAAAGUCAGGUGGAAAAGGAAGUACAUGAUCGCAGCCGAGAUCGAGACACAGCUUUGACGCCACGCAGAGCCUCUGGAAGUCGAGAGCGUGAAAGGGAGCGAGACAAGGAGAGAGAACGAGACAGAGACAGAGACCGUGAUUAUGACAGAGACAGGGAUCGAGACUGGGACAGAGAGAGAGAGAGGGAGAGGGACAGAGACAGAGACCGAGACAGAGACCGAGACAGAGACAGAGACAGAGACAGAGACAGAGACAGAGAUCGGGACAGAGAUCGUGAUCGAGUCUCUGACAAAACUCCACGCAGCUCUGAGAGACGGAGGAGACGCUCUGUUUCACCACCUUUAUCAUAUGAGAGGAGCCGGCGCACUGAGGAAAGGUUUGAUCCAUCUAACAGCAGCAAAACCCCAAGAGGAGUUGGUGUCAAGGAGCGGAACAAGCUGUCCACGGAGGAGCGCAGAAAACUUUUUGAGCAGGAGGUUGCUCAGCGGGAAGCCCAGAAACAGCAACAGCUUCAACAACAGCAGCAGCAGCAGCUUCAGACUUUAUCUUACGACCCUGCUCUGGCUUAUGCCUCCAGCCCUGGAUUUAUCACGUACCCUCCUGGAUAUCCCAUCCAGACUUUUGUAGAUCCCUCCAACCCCAAUGCAGGAAAAGUACUCCUGCCUACCCCUGCUGUUGAGCCCAGCUUGAAUUAUGAACAGACACCUCCUCAGCGUCUUAUCUCAGACCUUGGACUUACCUCUCCAUCCUCCACUUCUCAGACCACUCCGGUCUCAAAUCUCUCUCAGCACAUCACCACCACUAACCUCACCAGUGGGGACCCCCAGCAGUACGCACAGCCAGCUGUAGGAACCCAGGACGCAGGUGUAGCUGUCCUCCCUGUACCGGCCCAGACAGCCACUCAGGUACAGGGCCAACAGAGCUACACCACUCUCUGGGAUCCCACCACUCAGCAGGCGGUGACUGUGCAGACACAGCCUGCACAGCAGUAUGCAACAGCCCCAGCACCGGCUCAGACACAGACGGCCAUCUAUUACCAGGGUCAGCCAUGCCAAACCAUCUACAGCAUCCCCACUGCUUACCCACAGGCCAACACUCCAGUUAUACAGGCGUACACUGAACCCACAGCCAGCUACCUGCACAGCCAGCCUGUGUAUCCUGGUCAUCAGCAGGGAGUGGUGGUACAACAGGGGGGCACUGUCACCACCAUCGUCACAUCCCAAACUGUGCAACAGGAAAUGAUUGUUCCCAACAAUGUGAUAGACCUGCCUCCUCCCUCUCCCCCCAAACCCAAAACUAUCGUCCUACCUCCCAACUGGAAAGUGGCUCGGGACCCUGAGGGCAAGAUUUACUACUACCAUAUUGUGACAAGGCAAACACAGUGGGACCCACCUACCUGGGAAGGAAGCAGUGACAACACAAGCGUGGACCAUGAGUCUGAGAUGGACUUGGGAACACCCACCUAUGAUGAGAAUCCCUCAAAGUUCUCCACAAAAACAGCAGAAGCAGACACUUCCAGUGAACUGGCUAAAAAGAGUAAAGAGACAUUUCGCAAAGAGAUGUCUCAGUUCAUCGUGACCUGUCUGAAUCCUUAUCGCAAGCCAGACUGCAAACUUGGACGCAUCAGCAACACAGAAGACUUCAAACACCUGGCUAGAAAGCUAACUCAUGGAGUCAUGAACAAGGAGCUGAAAGCUUGCAAGAAUCCAGAGGACCUGGAGUGUAACGAAAAUGUGAAGCACAAGACCAAGGAGUACAUCAAGAAGUACAUGCAGCGAUUCGGCUCCGUGUACCGGCCCAAAGAGGACACAGAGGUGUAUUAGCCUCAAAGCUAACAUGGGAGAAGCACAGAUCUGCCUUUCCAUUCACUCCUAGGUGCCGCACUGGGCAGCCUGAACCGUGAAGUAGUUUGUUACUCAUAUUUAUGACUAAAAAUUGCACUGCUGCUGCCUCAGAAGCUCUCCGGGCCCUGUGGAUAAAGGUGGAGCCCCGUGCUAGAGACCGUAAGGGGCUAAAGUGGCCCUGAACGAUCUGACAAUUUGCAGUGGAUGCAGUGCUUUGGAAGGAUGACACUGAGGGGUGCUACAGACUGAUGUUUUCACUGACUGUAUGAUUUUAAGCUUUUCUUUUUUCCAUUUGUGGCUCUUAAAUGUUCCAGAGAUGAUCACCUCAAUUCCACUUUUUAGUCUUUUCUGGCCCUGGAUGAGGAUUAGUCAACAGAAUCAGUUUUUGUUAUCAAUUAAUCAGUUGUUUUUUUUCACUGUUAUGAUUAUGACAGAACAUUUCCCCCCUUUCACUUCCUUUCUCUGGUGCACGCUUCUACCGCCCUCCCCUUCCACUGACUCUGUAUCUGGUGCUGCUUUUAACUGGGCUGUGGAGGUCCAAGCUUCCACUCCUCAACCCUGCCUUCUAAACCACAAGACUUUGGAGCCUCUGUUGUUUUAUGAAUGCAUGAUGUAGGCUGAGGUCAGCGUUGUAUCCUUUAUGGAAAUUCUUACAUUUUCCAUGUCUCCUGCUUCAACUUAUACACCCUGAGAUUUUACUCGCAACUCACUUUGGGAUCAGCCAGUGACCAGCAGAUUGGCAAUGGUGUUAAGGAUGAUAUUUCCAUGUCUUUUAUGAAUUUGUGUAUAUUAACGGGAGCAGGGUUUGAAUGCUAUGUUUGAUGUGCUGUUUAGCUUUGUGUCCAUUUCUCCUCAUGUCCGUUUCCACCCCCUCCCCUUACUUGUUCUGCCCUCUUCUUACAGGCAUAAUGUUGCAGUUUUAACCGUUUCUAAACAUCCUGUGAGUUCUCGUUCUUUUAUCGUGUAUACGUCCUAGUGAGACAGUAGAGACUCUUAGACUGGCCUUGCUGCACUUAUUAAUUUACAGGAUUUAUACAGUCGUCAAGGUUGUUUCAUUAGCAUUAGGUCACAGUUUGUUGCAGCCUAUCAAAUUGCAGUAACAAAAGUUCCGACAUAGUGUACAUUGCUUUAUGUGAAUAUAUUGAAUAAUAGUUUUUGGGAAUGUUUAAAUAAUCAGACACUUUGUAAAAGGACUAUCAUUUCAUGAUUCAAUAUGUAAAUAAUAUGUAAAAUUACCAAAGCUGUAUGCAGGAGAGAAGGGUCAGGGGUCACCGUGAGCCCACCCAGCCUCACCAGCUCAGCACUCCUGAUGCAGCUCUUACAUCAGACAGACAGUCAAACAUAGGUCGCAGCUGACUCACAGCCCUGUAUUUUAUUUCAAUGGUGGGGAAAAUUAUAUGUUUCUUUUUUGUUUUUGUUUAUUAUUAUUUUUCUAUGUACAAAGUAAGUUUCACCCUACUUUACUGUAAGUAUUGUGUAAGCACAUUGUCAUACGGAGUGU